UAAUUAUUAAAAAAAAAACAUAAAUAUAAAUAGUCCGUCUCUCACUUUCACUCUCCCAGAUAGAACAAAGCGUGCCCUCAUCCUCAAAGCCCAAGCCCGAAAUCAACCGCCCGUCGCCAGUCGCCAGUCGCCGCCCGCCGCCUCCGGAUAUUCACACUUCGCCCAAGACCUUUCAGACGACUCUCUACGGUCCUCAUUCCUCAAUACGAGCUUCCCGGCGGCCUGCAAGGCUGUAAUUUGUGUUGAAAUUGUUGUUGCAUUAUAUUCUAUUCCCGAUUGCACGGUGUCAUCAGUUGAUUUUGAGAUGGCCAUAACUUCUGCAGUAGCUUCACCACCCCCUCUCAUUUGCUCCCGCCACCACACACACUCAUUUCCCUCUUUAAUUUCUCAAAUCGGAAAGGAUGCAGUUCGAAGCUAUCGAGCUCAUGAAUUACAUACAAGUUGUAAAUCUUCUAUGCAACCUGUGAUUAAAGAGUCCGAAAGUAGCAGGAAAGUUGAUGUGCAAAUACCAGAUCCGAAUAACAGUAACGAUCUAGCAUCACUUUUCGACAAUGUUUUUACCUCGAGUGCAGUUGCAAAAACAUCAAGCAAGAACAAAAUUACCAAAAAGACACAAACUGAAGUUGCUCACAAGUUUCUUUCCAUUAUAAAAUACCCUCUUAACACAGAGGCUGCAAUGAAGGCAAUGUUAGAACGUAAUACUUUGGUUUUUGUUGUGGACAAACGUGCAAAUAAACCAGAGAUCAAAGAUGUUGUUGAGAAGAUGUUUCAGAUACGGGCCAAGAAAGUGAAUACACUGAUCAAUUAUGAUGGAACAAAGAAGGCUUUUGUAAUGCUGGCACGAGAUUGUAAUGCUUUGGAUGUUGCGAAAAGGAUUAAUUUGCUGUGAAAGUGAGUACUUUUGACUUUUAUUUCGAGUGGAAGCUGUUGGAAUACUGAUUAGAUGGGUUUUCAAUUUACUAUUGGGAUCAAGUUUUUGCUUGAAUUUGGCUUUUUUUUUUUGUAACAAUUUCCUUAUAAUUUGCAUGACAAUAGUCUUUAGCAGCUGCCCUGUAUUUUUCUGCUAUUGAGGCUGUACAAACUACAGACUUGUGAAUCCUACCAGCAUGAUCUCUUGUUUGAGAUUUGUUUUAUUACAAUUAUGUUAUAUUCAUGUGGAAAAUUAAA